UAUCGAUUGAUUGCCUGAUUCCCCCUCCACACCGGACUAUCGCGCCCUGUUUGCUCGCACCGCAAAGAUGAACGCUGCCGUCGCUCUCCGCGCCAGAAUGGCCACCUCCGCCGUUGCUCGCCGUGGUUUCUCCACCACUCGCGCCCAGCUCGGUAGCCCAUACCACUACCCCGAGGGCCCUCGCUCAAACAUUCCUUUCAACCCUCUGACCCGGUUCUUCUUCCUGAGAUACUGGGCCUUCAUGACUGUUGGUUUCGGUACACCCUUCGCCAUUGCUGUCUGGCAAACCUACAAGUCCGGUUAAACACCCCUCUCUUAGAUUGUAUUCCUUCCGUCAUGGCAUCCCUGGGAAUUGGGACAAUGAGCGAACACGGUUUUCCCCAUCCAGAGC